AUGACCCUUUUGCUUGAUUGCAUUGUCUACUGGUCUUCCUUGGUGGUGGGCGACAACUCGGACCCUAACAUUUGGGGGUUCGUCCAGGAUCAUAAGUCCCCACCUCGGAACCCCUUGACACAAGGGCCAAGGGCACUGCCUUGGACUGAACCUUCAGCUCUUAAGGUCGACGGAAUCGGCCCUUGGAUCCACCACUCCCAUGUGAAAGCAGCAGACCCACCAGAGGCUACCGAGGUCUGGACAGCUACUUCUCAUCCCAACACUCCCCUGAAGCUUAAACUUCACCCGAACAGCAUGACCCUCCCCUGGGCUCCCCUUUCUCUCGCCUGUUUUCUCUCCAUUCUACAGACAGGGUCCUUCCACCAGCCAUGGAAAUGGUCUCUCAUCAGCCUCGAACACUCUACAGUGCUUGCCACAGUUGUAACCUCAGGGACUCCUAGCCUCCAAACCGAGACUUGUGACCUCAUAUGGGGACCUAAGGACAUACGUGGCCCCCCCAGUAAUACCCCCGAAUCCAUCUGUAGGAACACGGGAGUAUUUUACCUUUGCCCUGCCUCUAACCCUGGGAAACCUUACUGUAACCAGACAAACCAAUACUAUUGCGCCAAUUGGGGGUGCGAGACUAUAGUCACCGGAGGGAAUACUCGGCACGGCUGCAACCCAUGGACCCCACCGAACCCUGACUCCUGGCUGACAGUGGGAUGGGGUCCCCGCGCCUGUGGUCAUCACUGCCGCAACCGUGACCCAUACCCAAAAAUCGAGUGCAACCAGCUUGUCCUGGAGCCCCUCCAGGCCACCGACCAAUCUUGGAUGCUGGGUAGGACCUGGGGAAUCCGGUGGUACAGAUCCCACGGUAGCGGGCCGCAUUUGGGAGGCCUGUUCACGAUUCAGAAAGAGCCUGCUUUGCCCCCGUCCAUACCUAUAGGACCCAACCCUGUACUUAACCCCAGUUCAGCCAGACCCCCCAAGUCCCCUCCGCCUACAAGUCUCCCCUCCCCACAAGAGACCACUAUUUUUCAGCCCCUGUUCUCCACCCCUACUGCCCAAGUUCCCCCUUAACCACCAUCCCAUACAUGGCAACCCCCUUUUCCCCUACUACAAGUCUCCUUUUCGGCCCUCAACCAUUCCUCCCCCAACCUCACUGAACGCUGUUGGCUUUGCUUAGUUGCAUCCCCACCCUAUUAUGAGGCCUUUGGCCUAUAUGCUUCCUAUACCACCUCUCAAGAGGAAAGCCCAUCCCAGUGCCAAUGGGAUGACUUGCUCCCUGGUCUGACCUUCACCUCAGUAAUGGGAACAGCACCUGUGUAGCAAGCAAUUCCAGCCGCCCAGAUCCCCACCUCUGCUUGGCUACUGUCCACCUCCCGGGAGGGAAAUAUCUCAUCCCCCCUCAAGGGUCGCGAUGGCUGUGUUCCCACUCUGGUCUCCAGCCUUGCAUCUCUCCCACCUCCCUCAAUGACUGCUCUGAAUUCUGUGUUCUCGCGACAAUAGUCCCCCAGGUGACCUAUUACGCUGAUCAGGACCUCCUUCAAACAUGGGACCGCAUAUUGUCUAGGUGAUGGCGGCGGGAACCCGUUACCAUUGUCGUCACCCUCGCCAUCCUCCUAGGGCUUUCAGGGGCAGGGGCGGGCAUGCCUCCCUCAUAACACAGGCUCACGGGUUUUGCCAGCUCCGCCAGGAAGUCGACGAGGAUCUAGCCAAGCUGGAAUCCUCUAUUGCCCUUCUCGACAAGUCCCUCGCCUCCCUCGCCGAGGUAGCCCUCCAAAACCGACAAGGCCUGGACAUCCUCUUCCUUAAGGAAGGAGGCCUCUGUGAAGCCCUGGGCAAAGAGUGCUGCUUCUAUGCUAAUCAUUCUGGGCUUAUCAAGGACUCUAAGCCAGCUGCGAGAGGGCCUGGAAGCCCUGAGGAGGGAAAGAGAAAAGGCCAGCCUUUGGUAUGCCCAAUUGUUCCAUUCCUCCCCCUGGCUCACCACCUUGAUCUCCUCCCUCCUCGGACCUCUUGUGCUUUUAAUUCUGAUUCUAACCUUUGGCCCCUGCGUUCUUAACCGCCUUGUUCACUUUGUAAAAGAGCGCUUGAAUGCUAUCCAGAUAAUGGCCCUCCCCCUACAGUAUCAACCCCUAGCCACUAUUGAGCCUCGGUCCAGAGGCUAUGAGCUGCCCCAGUGGACAGACCUUCCCCCUGUCCCUUAAGAAAAAAGUAGGGAAUGAGGGAAGCCAAGGCAGGAAGCCGCUUGACCCGUGCAAAACAUAUCUUUGCAAAACACAUAGCAAGCAGGCCCCUGAUGUGUCAACACCCUAACUGCAAGAUGCUCACAGGCGGAACUCUCGGGCUGAGCUCCCCUGGUGCACACCAGAUCAAUAAAUGACCCUUUUGCUUGA